AUGUUUAAUAGAAAGACAAUCGUUUAUAUAUUUUCAAUUCUUAUUUUUACUGAUUUUAUUCAUAGUGAAUGUCCACCGGAUUCAAUUAUUGAACCAUGUUCAUGUGUCUUAACAAUUCCAUCACAUACAUAUUUAUUAUAUAAUGAUUAUAAUCCUGAAACAAUAUAUAUACAACAAAAAUCUAUCGUAUGUGAACAUAUACAUAAUUCAUCAUUUGAUUUACAGGCAAUUUUUUUAAAUCUUAAUUUAUAU